AUGCCUGAAAUAGCGAAGCCAGCGCCCAAGAAGGGCUCCAAGAAAGCGGUGGCGAAGGCCCCCGGUAAGGGCGGAAAGAAGAGGAGAAAGUCCAGGAAGGAGAGCUACGCCAUCUACGUGUACAAGGUGCUGAAGCAGGUCCACCCCGACACUGGGAUCUCCUCCAAGGCCAUGGGCAUCAUGAACUCCUUCGUGAGCGACAUCUUCGAGCGCAUCGCCGGUGAGGCCUCUCGUCUGGCUCACUACAACAAGCGCUCCACCAUCACCUCCAGGGAGAUUCAGACCGCCGUCCGCCUGCUGCUGCCCGGGGAGCUGGCUAAACACGCCGUGUCUGAGGGCACCAAGGCCGUGACCAAGUACACCAGCUCCAAGUAAACCACUCUGCGGAGACCUCAAACCAACGGCUCUUUUAAGAGCCACACACUGUCUCUAUGGAGACAAACUGUCCUGACUUUAAUGACAUGUUCAUCAAUAUUUAAACAGCAACUUUUAACUAAUAAUGGAGCAUGGUUUAAUCAAAUUGAAAAGGAUUAUCAUGAUGAAUACAUUGUUAACAUC